CUUUCAAGUCUUUUUAACUUCAUGUGUACUAAAUUUUUCAAGUUUUUAACCUCUCUCUCUCUUUAUCUUCCUGUCCACAGUUUGCACCACCCUCUUUCCUUGUCGUACAAUAACUCCAUUUACAACUUAGCUGCAUAAGAGGCAAUUAUAUAUAUAGCUGAUGACCUCAAUUACAAGUUAGUAUCAUUAAUAGUUUAUGGCAAUUGCAGCCACCAUGAGCCAAGAAAACAACAACAAAGAUGAGCAUGAGCAUGAUCAUGAUAUGGUUAUGCCGGGCUUCCGAUUCCACCCUACUGAAGAGGAACUUAUAGAGUUCUACCUUCGCCGUAAGGUCGAGGGCAAGCGUUUCAAUGUCGAGCUCAUCACUUUUCUUGAUCUUUAUCGCUACGACCCUUGGGAACUUCCUGCUUUGGCAGCAAUUGGAGAGAAGGAAUGGUUUUUCUAUGUGCCAAGAGAUAGAAAAUAUAGAAAUGGAGAUCGGCCAAACCGAGUGACGACUUCAGGUUAUUGGAAGGCUACAGGAGCUGAUAGAAUGAUCCGAACAGAGAAUUUCCGGUCAAUUGGGCUGAAGAAGACCCUUGUUUUCUAUUCCGGGAAAGCUCCAAAAGGCAUCCGAACUAGCUGGAUCAUGAAUGAAUACCGUUUGCCACAGCAUGAAACUGAGCGCCUGCAAAAGGCUGAGAUUUCGCUUUGCCGCGUCUACAAGAGAGCUGGAGUCGAAGACCAUCCAUCUCUCCCUCGUUCUCUCCCAACAAGAGCUUCAUCAUCAAGAGGAACGACUUCUUCAUCAGCUAAGAAAAGCCAAGAAGCAACAAAUCAUGCUUCCAUGGAAAGGUUCCAAGCUUUUGUUGGAAAUCCUCAACAACUCGACGAGAAAUUAAGCGAAACAAGUGGAAGUAGUUGCACUGAUAUUGGCACAUCUCUCGGGCUUUCAAAGCACAACACCUUCAUGUCUUUAGCUCCAAUGACCACUACGCUUUCCGUUGGAGCUCCAUCAUCAGUUGUAGAAGAUGAUAGGGUUAUGCUUCACCAACCAAAGCAACUAUGUUCUACUACUUUAGCCCCUGACUGCACCACUAUUUUCGCCGGAUCUUCUUUCGUUCCAACAGUGAACACUACUCUCGAUGAUCUUCACAGAUUAGUGAACUUUCAGCAAGCUUCAAUGAGUCAGCACCAGCAGCAGUAUCAUAAUAAUCCGAACCAUCCCUCACAAUUCUCUUCUCUGCAGCCACAAGUACAACAGUCCUUAGCUCUUAACAUGCUUCCGGGCCCUCUUCAGGCUGCCUUCACGGAUAGAUUGUGGGAUUGGAACUCAAUCAAUGAGGCAAGCAAAGACUUCAACAACAGUCCAUUCAAGUAACGAAUAAUCUGUGAAAUUCGUCUACAUACAUUAAUACAUUUAUUAUGUGUAUUUUUCUAAUGUGGAGCUUCUUGAUUUCCUGAAAAUACUGUUUAGAUUUCACAAAUGGCUGAUGGGGAGGAGGAGGAGUAGUAGUAGUAGUGGUAGUAGUAUGAUGUAUCAUCUUGUUAGAUUUUCGGUUUAGCUGAAUUAUUGACUUGAUCAUUGUAAGAAUUAUGAUCUACCAUAUGUUAGGUUUUUAUUAUCAUGUGUAGUUGUGCCUAAAAUUUUAUAAGUCAAGAAAACCAUUUGUCUUUUGGGGUUUGAAA